CAAUCGCGAGGGAUUUUGUGCACCGCUGGUUCUUAAACACACUUUGUUUUGAAGAGAAAAAUAUACGAAAAAAGAUUUUUUGGAUCUUUUGGUCGGUCGAUUGGAGUGAUUUUAGGAACCAGCGCAGUGCGAUUUCCCGGCGGAAUAUCGCCCUCCGCGCCCUGAACGAUUGUGGUUUCAAUAAAUUGGUUCGACCGAUAGGCUGCAAGCCGCUGCGCCCCGAAACUCCGCGGUCGAAAGAUGGUCGUUACGAAGGAUACGUAUCUUCCGUCGGAGGAGGAGCUGACGGUGCCGGAGAUUAAUCUGUCCGGACCGGCGCUACGGGCUGGUGCGUUCCAUCUCGGCAAGUACUGUGAAGCGGCCAAUAACGAGUUCAUGCUAUGCCGCCAGGAGUUGGACGAUCCGAGGGCGUGCAUUAACGAGGGCAAAGCGGUUACCAACUGUGCGUUCGAGUUUUUCCGCCAACUGAAGAAAACCUGUGCCCAAGAGUUUACCCAGUACGCCAACUGUCUGGACAAGAGCAGCGGUGAUCUGGAGUUCAAGCACUGCCGCAAGACACAGGGCGUGUACGACAAGUGCGUUUUCGACAAUCUGCAGAUUGAGCGUCCCGACUACGGUUACUUCUGUCGCGCAAAGGUGCACGCUACCGAACGUCCACCGCCACCGAAGAAGGAAAAGGUUGUCUACCCCGAUGCCACACCGGGGCUGCCGGAAGAUUAUCCACGCGAACCAGCCAAGUACGGUUCUCGGUUCCACUGGCUAAACUAGGGAGGAAUGGACCGAGAAUGCGGCAGAUGGAUAAGAGUGAACGACAUCGCCAAGGGCAUCGGUCGUAUCGUAUCGUUCUUGUAGAUAAGCAAUGAUGUCUUUCGCGCUGCGUUAGCAAACAUCAUCCAAAUCGUUUCUUUAGCUACAGUAAAGCCAUUGCUGAACACAA